UUUCUCGUUCGGUUUCGUGUUCUUCUCCUUCUAUGUUCUUGCCGUGCGAACUCUUCGGGUUUUUCUUUCUUCUUUGCCUUCAGAUUUUGCCUUUUUUUUAUCUCUCUCUUUAUCGCUCGUGCCAAUUCGCACGUGUGUCUCCAUAAAUUCUUAGGCGUCUCUUCCUUCUCAACCGACUUUCUCUCUCCACUUCUCUCUCUCUAUUUUCUCUCUCUUCAAUUUCCUCCGCCGAGAAAUCGCCGAUCGCCGUUGAGUUGCUCGUCACCGUCGAUUCUCCACGUCGCCGUCAAUAGCCCUCCGUCAAUUCGGCUUUCCGAUCGCUUCCGCUCACUAUCAGGAUUGGCACCUGGAGGAUUUGAUUUAUGUAGCGUGGAUGGUGUAAGUUAUUGAAAGAGCAUGCGUAGGCGACCAACUCGGAAAACUUCUUUGUGUUUUUUGAGUAAUGCGGUACUUGGUAGUUAGGGGCAACGUGGUGAAGAAUAAAGAAGAUGAAUGUGCAGGCACACAUGUCCGGACAAAUCUCCGGACAAGUACCUAAUCAGGCGGGCACUCAGUUGCCCGUUCUGCCUCAGCAGAAUGGCAAUGCUCUUCCUCCUCAGAUGCAAAAUCUAGGUGGCCCUCCUCGUACUCCGACUGGAAUGGACCCUGAGCUUUUACGAUCACGCACAUUUAUGCAGGAGAAGAUCUAUGAGUUCUUACUGCAGCGGCACCAUCAGCCAAUUACUGACAUGCACAGAAAGAGGUUUAAGGAUAUUGUGAAGCGCCUAGAGGAGGGUCUGUUUAGAACUGCUCAUACUAUGGAGGAGUAUAUGAACCUGGACACGCUGGAGAUCCGUUUACUUCAUCUAAUCAAGCGUCCGACCAUAAAUAAUCAAAAUCAACAAUAUCCACAGAUUGUCAGUAAUUCAUCUCCUAUUGGUGCAAUGAUACCGACCCCCGGCAUGUCACACAGUGGGAAUUCUAACAUGAUGGUUACUUCUUCUAUGGAUACUUCCAUGAUUUCCACUGGAGGAGGUAAUAGCAUUUCACCCAAUAACUUCAACACUGGAAACAUGUUACCGACUGGUGGCUUACCUGGUGGUUCCUUCAAUAGAUCUGACGGUCAAGUAUCAAAUGGAUAUCAGCAGUCUCCUGCCACUUACUCCGUUGGCCCUGGAGGAAAUGUGUCGUCAAUGAAUGUGCAAAGAGUUACAAGCCAAAUGAUUCCCACUCCUGGGUUUACUAGCAGUACUAAUCAGUCCUACAUGAAUCCAGAAUCCUCGAGUAAUGGUGGUGGGUUAUCUACUGUGGAAUCUGUCAUGGUGUCCCAGCCGCAACAGCAAAAGCCACAUAUUGGUCAGAACAGUCGUAUAUUGCACAAUCUUGGUGGCCAAUUAGGUAGUGGAAUAAGGUCUAACAUGCAACAGAAACCUUAUGGGUUCUCAAAUGGGGCUCUCAGUGGUGGGCUAGGGUUGAUGGGCAAUAAUUUACCACUUGUGAAUGAACAUGGUGCCUCAGAGGGGUAUCUGACUGGCACAUCAUAUGUUAAUUCACCCAAACCCUUGCAACAUCGCUUUGAACAACAUCAGCGGCCAGUGAUGCAAGGUGAUGGGUAUGGAAUAAGCAAUGUUGAUUCUUUUGGGUCUGGCAACUAUUAUGGUUCCGCAACAUCUUCUGGAUCAAUGAUGAAUUCUCAGAAUUUGAAUUCAGUUACUUUGUCACCUAUAUCUAAAACCAACUCUGCUCUCAUAGGUAAUCAGUCGAAUAUGCACACACAACAAGCUGCCCAUAUAAAGCCUCAACCAAUGGAUCAGAUGGAAAAGAUGAGUUUUCAACCUUCAAUAUCUUCGAGAGACAGUAUCCUCCAUCCUCAUCAAGAGCAGCAAUUCCAGCAACAGCCUCAUCAGUUUCAACAACAGCAACAAUUUGUUCACCAGCAGCGCCAGUUGAAGCAGCAAAAUCAGCAAGGUCAACAUUUGUUAAACAAUGAUGCUUUUGGUCAGUCUCAGUUGACAUCUGACGUAAGUAAUCAAGUAAAACGUGAGCCUGUAGAGCACCAUAAUGAGGUUCUGCACUCACAUGCUCCAGAGCAGUUCCAAUUGUCUGAUAUACAGAAUCAAUUCCAGAACUCCGUUGAGGGUCAUUUGAGGGGUGCUCAACAGAUUUCUCUUCUAUCUAGUCAGCAAGAUGUCUGCUCAUCACUGCCUCAGAAUUCUCAGCAAAUGCUACAACCAUUACAUGCCCAUGAAGUGAUUGCAGAGUCUCAAAAUGAUUUCAACUGUGUUUCUGUUGGAGCUCAAUCAGAAUCAAUAUUGCACGGUCAAUGGCAUCCUCAACCCCAGGACUUGAGUAAUAGAGGAGGAAAAAUAAUGCAUGAACAGAAUUUGCAAGAGGAUUUUCAUCAGAGGAUAUCUGGGCAGGAUGAAGCUCAGCGCAAUAAUUUAGCAUCAGAUGGAUCUAUCCUUGGCCAAAAUGUUGCUUCUAGAUGUUCAGCUGAUCUCCAACAUGCAGUAACUGCUACAAGGAAACCUGUCAAUGCAAAUACUGAGAAACAGUAUCGAAAUCAGCAGAGGUGGCUUUUGUUCUUGCGCCAUGCACGUCGGUGUUCAGCUCCAGAAGGAAAAUGUCAAGAACAUAACUGUAUUACUGUCCAAAAAUUGUGGAAGCAUAUUGAAAAAUGCUCUUUACCUCAAUGCACUUAUGCACGAUGCCAUCAUACCAGGAGAUUGCUUCAUCAUCACAAGCACUGUAGUGAUCCAUUUUGCCCUGUCUGUGCUCCUGUGAAAGCUUUUUUGGCUACACAUAUGAAUAAGUCACGGAAUUCUAUGGCAUCUGAUUCUGCUUUGCCAAGUGCAGUAAGGGAAUCUUCUAAAUCCUAUGAUAAUGGAGACAACUUCACAAAAAUGGUUUCAAUCCCGGUUGUUGAAGCUUCAGAAGACAUACAGCCUUCUAUGAAACGCAUGAAGUUAGAGCAGUCUUCUCAGGCUUUUGUUCCUGAGAGUAAUAGUGCUCCUGUAUCAGUUUCUUUGAUUGCUGAACCCCAAUUGCCUCAGGAUAUCCAGCACCUCGAGUUCCAGCAACCUGAGAUUGUUUUGCCUAUCAAACCUGAGCUGUCAGAAGUGAAGUUGGAAGUUCCUGCAAGUUCUGGGCAAGAGAGAUUUGAUGAGUUGAAGAAAGAUAUUGACAGCGGCAACCAAGGCCCUGAUGAACCUGUCAAGUAUGGUGAUCCUGCUUGUUCUGCCCACCAAGAAAGUGUCAAACACGAGAGUGAGAUUGAACUGGCUAAGCAAGAAAACACGAUACAGCCUGUAGAACAUGCAUCUGGAACCAAGUCUGGGAAGCCAAAGAUAAAGGGAGUUUCAUUGACUGAAUUGUUUACUCCUGAGCAAGUAAGAGAGCACAUUACAGGCCUGAGGCAGUGGGUUGGCCAGAGUAAAGCAAAGGCUGAGAAGAACCAAGCUAUGGAGCACGCGAUGAGUGAGAAUUCCUGUCAAUUGUGUGCAGUUGAGAAGCUUACUUUUGAACCACCACCAAUAUAUUGUACACCUUGUGGUGCUCGCAUCAAACGCAAUGCAAUGUAUUAUUGUGUGGGUGCUGGUGAUACAAGGCAUUAUUUCUGCAUUCCAUGCUACAAUGAGGCCCGUGGAGAUACUAUAAGUGUUGAUGGGACUGGCAUUCCAAAAGCAAGGUUAGAGAAGAAGAAAAAUGAUGAGGAGACUGAAGAAUGGUGGGUUCAAUGCGAUAAAUGUGAAGCUUGGCAGCAUCAAAUUUGUGCUUUAUUCAAUGGUCGAAGGAAUGAUGGUGGGCAAGCUGAAUACACUUGCCCUAAUUGCUAUAUACAAGAGGUUGAAAGGGGAGAACGUAAGCCCUUGCCACAAAGUGCUGUUCUUGGAGCCAAAGAUUUGCCAAAAACUAUCCUCAGUGACCAUAUAGAACAACGGUUGUUUAAGAGACUGAGGUAUGAAAGGCAAGAGAGGGCUAAACUUCAAGGAAAAAGCUAUGACCAGGUUCUUGGAGCGGAAGCACUUGUAGUUAGAGUUGUUUCCUCAGUCGACAAAAAAUUAGAAGUGAAGCAGCGAUUUCUUGAAAUUUUUCAGGAAGAGAAUUAUCCAACUGAGUUCCCCUAUAAAUCUAAGGUAAUUUUAUUGUUUCAGAAGAUUGAAGGUGUGGAAGUAUGCUUAUUUGGCAUGUAUGUCCAAGAAUUUGGAUCUGAAGCCCAAUUUCCAAAUCAGCGCCGUGUUUAUCUCUCGUAUCUGGAUUCUGUCAAGUAUUUCAGGCCUGAGAUUAAGGCAGUAACUGGAGAGGCUCUCCGUACAUUCGUUUAUCAUGAAAUUUUGAUUGGAUACCUUGAAUACUGCAAAAAACGGGGCUUCACAAGCUGUUAUAUAUGGGCCUGUCCUCCAUUAAAGGGUGAAGAUUACAUAUUAUAUUGCCACCCUGAAAUUCAGAAAACACCAAAAUCUGACAAGCUCCGGGAGUGGUAUUUAUCAAUGCUUAGAAAAGCUGCAAAGGAAAACAUUGUAGUUGAUCUCACUAAUCUAUACGACCAUUUCUUUGUAUCUACUGGUGAGUGCAAAGCCAAGGUCACUGCAGCUAGGCUGCCAUAUUUUGAUGGUGAUUACUGGCCUGGUGCUGCGGAGGAUCUCAUUUAUCAACUCCGUCAAGAAGAGGAUGGUAGAAAACAAAAUAAGAAAGGAACAACAAAGAAGACUAUAACAAAAAGAGCUUUGAAAGCAUCCGGUCAGUCUGAUCUCUCUGGUAAUGCCUCGAAGGAUCUGCUACUGAUGCAUAAACUUGGUGAAACCAUAUGCCCUAUGAAGGAAGAUUUUAUAAUGGUUCAUCUACAGCAUGCGUGCUCUCACUGUUGCAUUUUAAUGGUAUCUGGAAAUCGUUGGUUUUGCGAUCAGUGCAAAAAUUUUCAGAUUUGUGACAAGUGUUAUGAAGCAGAGCAGAAACGUGAAGAACGAGAAAGACACCCUAUCAAUCAGAGGGAGAAACAUGCGCUUCAUCCGGUGGAAAUUACUGACGUACCUGCUGAUACAAAAGACAAAGAUGAGAUUCUUGAGAGUGAAUUCUUCGACACUAGACAGGCAUUUUUGAGUCUUUGCCAAGGCAAUCACUAUCAAUAUGAUACUCUUCGACGGGCUAAACAUUCGUCAAUGAUGGUCCUUUACCAUCUUCACAACCCAACUGCUCCUGCAUUUGUGACAACGUGCAAUAUAUGCCAUCUUGAUAUCGAAACUGGUCAAGGAUGGCGUUGUGAAGUUUGCACCGACUAUGAUGUAUGUAAUGCUUGUUAUCAGAAGGAUGGGAACAGUCAGCAUCCCCAUAAAUUGACAAAUCAUCCCUCAACAGCUGAUCGUGAUGCGCAAAACAAGGAAGCAAGGCAGAUUCAGCAGCUAAGAAAAAUGCUUGAUCUUCUGGUGCAUGCAUCACAAUGUCGGUCUGCACUAUGUCAGUACCCCAAUUGUCGUAAGGUGAAGGGGCUUUUCCGUCAUGGGAUACAAUGCAAAACGCGUGCAUCUGGAGGCUGCCUUCUCUGCAAGAGAAUGUGGUAUCUUCUCCAACUUCAUGCUCGAGCUUGCAAAGAAUCAGAGUGCCAUGUUCCACGUUGCAGAGAUUUAAAAGAACAUUUGAGGAGGCUGCAGCAGCAGUCUGACUCACGGAGAAGAGCUGCCGUAAUGGAGAUGAUGAGACAGAGGGCUGCUGAGCUUACGAGCAAUGCUGGUUGACCAAAUUGUAUAUGUAAAUAUGGAUGUUUUGGAUAAAUCCUUGAGAAUGUGGGGGAAGAAGAUUAGACAAUAGUUUUCUACUGCUCUGCUAACAAGCUGCUGGAAACUAGGCAGUAGCGGCAGCAACAGUGGAGCAAUUAGAUGGUUGGAAGGGGAUAUGCAUUUUUCAGUACAGCAGAUUUGCUUUCAGGGGAGUAUUUUCUUUCCGUUCUUCAUCGACACGAGUUUCUCCCUCGAGAGAAAAACAAGUGAAGUUUUAUCGACUGUUUCCGUCCUCUUUCAACAGUGGCUAACCAUGCCCGUCGGAGAAAUUGGCGCACUGAUGUGUAUGUCUUCUGGCCUAAUUUGGUGAUUCUUUGAUUUCAUGGUCUCGUAGUUAAAAGUCCAAUGCCAUCCCAGGGUGGCAAGUGUACUAUAAAAUUGUUCUAAUCUGUCUAAAUGUUUUUUUUUUUUUUACAGAGGAAUUUGAGAGGGAGUAGUUUUGAAUCUUUUUUUCUUUUUUUAAUUUUUUCUUCUAAUAUAAAAUUUUCCUGUCUCCCUUUCAGUCAGUAUAUUGACCCAUUUUGUAGAAUGUGCUCUUAUUUAAAGAUGGAAGGAAUAAGUAGUUUCUUCA